CUUUCCCAUGAUGUCACUUCCUGUCGCCAGACAGCCAGUUCAGGCCAGUUCAAUAAUGCUGUAGUACUCAGUCUGUUCUUGUGAGCUGUCAAGAUACAGAAAUCCUUCACUGUGCCUGUCUGUUGCGACAGCAUUUCUCUAAACGUAGCGUGUUUUCCCCUUCAACGACGUUUUCCUUCAGAUAGCAGCCGCUCUCGUCUCACUAUGACUCGAAGGUGAUCUUCAGAGUGUCUGGGUGGUUCUGGGGUUCCAGGUUGGUGUUGUGCGAGAGCGAGGUAACUGCGAGGAGGAGGACUGUCUGGGACGUUGUGUCCCUGGCUCUCAAGUGACUAAGGAAGGGGCUUGGCAAACUGUUCUGCAGCAUGGAGAAGGAAGAUCUGAAGUUCCUCAACAAAGGGGAAGAGGAGGAGAUGGAGCUGCAUGCCUACCAUCUGUGUCGCUGGCGGUUGGCCUUGGUCAUCCUCGGGGUGGUGUGUACAGGGGGCUUCCUCCUCCUGCUGCUGUGCUGGAUGCCAGAGUGGUGCGUCAAAUCCACCUGCAGCCGUACCACAGCCCGUGAUGCCGAGGUGGUGUUGCUGCGCUCCACGGAUGAGUUCCGGCGCUGGUUCAUGGCCAGGGUGCGAGUGAUACUGGCCCCGGGGAGCAACCCCUUCCACAGCCUGGACAUCCAGACCACCUCCCCCUCCUCCCCUUCCUCUCCCUCUUGCCCUCUCUCCUCCUCUGCUUCCUCUACUCUGUCUAACGGACACACCUCCCACCUCUCUGAUGACAGCCCUGCUCAGGAGCUCUUCAGAAGAUAUGUCGACUACCAGCCCACACAGAUUCGCUAUUUUACCUUCCACAGCGCAAAGUAUUAUUGGAAAGAUGAUGUGCAGAAUUUUGAAGUUUUAACCGGCCUGGAGGAUCUGCAAAUCAGCUGCUCCACCCUUCAUUCAGAGCACACUGCAGGCUUGACCAGGAACGAGCAGGAGUACAGGAGACUGUUCUUCGGAGUGAAUGAAAUAGCAGUGAAAGUGCCUUCUGUUUUCAAGCUGCUUAUCAAAGAGGUCCUCAACCCUUUCUACAUCUUCCAGCUCUUCAGUGUGAUCCUGUGGAGUGCCGAUGAGUAUUACUACUAUGCUGUGGCCAUUGUUUUCAUGUCGGUCAUAUCCAUAGCUACCUCUCUAUACACCAUCAAAAAGCAAUACAUCAUGCUUCACGAUAUGGUGGCCACUCACAGUAUUGUCCGUGUGUCUGUAUGCCGAGCCAACAAUGAAAUUGAUGAGAUUUUGUCUACUGAUCUGGUGCCUGGUGAUGUCAUGGUGAUCCCCAGCAACGGGACCAUUAUGCCAUGUGAUGCUGUGCUGGUCAGUGGCACCUGCAUCGUCAAUGAAAGCAUGCUCACAGGUGAGAGUGUUCCUGUGACAAAGACCAACCUCCCAAACCCAGUGCCAGGGGAGAGGAGGGAUGAGGAUGACAGCACCUACAAUGCAGAGGAGCAUAAAAGACACACACUCUUCUGUGGCACCAAUGUCAUUCAGACUCGCUUCUACACAGGCGAACUGGUCAAGGCUGUGGUGGUCCGCACAGGUUUUAGUACAGCCAAAGGCCAGCUGGUGCGCUCCAUUCUUUAUCCCAAACCCACCGACUUCAAGUUGUACCGUGAUGCCUACCUCUUCCUGUUGUGUCUGGUGGCUGUGGCUGGAAUUGGCUUUAUUUACUCCAUCAUCCUCAGCAUCAUGAACAAGGUACCAGCUAAGAUCAUCAUCAUAGAGUCCCUGGACAUUAUUACCAUCACUGUGCCACCAGCACUGCCUGCCGCCUUGACAGCUGGCAUUGUGUAUGCCCAGCGACGCCUCAAAAACAUUGGCAUUUUCUGCAUCAGUCCACAGAGGAUCAAUAUCUGUGGACAAAUCAAUUUGGUCUGCUUUGACAAGACUGGAACUCUGACAGAAGAUGGAUUAGACAUGUGGGGAGUCCAGAGAGCUGAGAAUGGCUGUUUCCACUUACCAGAGCAAAAAGCCUACAGUCAGAAUCUUGUCAAGUCCCAAUUUGUGGCUUGUAUGGCCCCCUGCCACACACUUACCAAAAUAGAGGGACAGCUGUCUGGAGACCCACUGGACCUCAAAAUGUUUGAGGCUACAGACUGGAUCCUCGAGGAGGCCACUGAGGAGGAAACGUCUCUCCAUGACCGUAUCAUGCCCACUGUGGUUAAACCCCCAAAGCGGCUCUUGCCCCCAGAGCCUGCUUUAUCACCAGAGCAAGACAUGGAACUCUGUGAGCUCUCUUCAGCGUAUGAGAUUGGUAUUGUGCGGCAGUUUCCUUUUUCCUCCGGUCUCCAGAGAAUGUGUGUAGUGGCUCGUCUGCUCGGGGAGAAACGUAUGGAUGCUUACAUGAAGGGAGCACCAGAGGUGGUUGCUAGUCUUUGCAAGAAAGAGACGGUACCAGAAAAUUUUGCAGAGGUUCUGGAAGGCUACACCAAGAUGGGUUUCAGAGUCAUUUCUCUGGCUCAUCGUCGUCUUGAAUCUAAACUCAACUGGCACAAAGUCCAGAACAUCAGCAGGGAUCACAUAGAGACAAACAUGGAGUUCCUGGGUCUGAUAGUUAUGCAGAACAAACUGAAAGCAGAAACCCCGGGGGUGCUACAGGAGCUCCGCCGAGCCAACAUCCGCACUGUCAUGGUUACAGGUGACAACAUGCUGACAGCCAUCUCGGUGGCCCGAGACUGUGGAAUGAUCCCUCCACAGGACACAGUCAUUAUUGCUGAUGCCUUCUCUCCCCAUGAUGGACAAGCUGCCAAGAUCACCUGGAGAUAUGCCGACAAGUCAUGCGAGACAUCUCGACUGGAGGAAGUGAACAUCAGCCUGGAGGAUGUGUGUCACGUAGACGAGCCCAAAAGGCAAGAGCUAUACCACUUUGCUAUGAACGGAAAAUCAUUUGCUGUAAUUGAAGAGCAUUUCCCUGACAUGCUUCAAAAGCUGGUGUUGCACGGGACAGUGUUUGCCAGAAUGGCCCCGGACCAGAAAACCCAGCUUAUUGAGACGCUGCAGGGUGUAGACUACUUUGUGGGGAUGUGCGGAGAUGGAGCAAACGAUUGUGGGGCUCUGAAGAGAGCUCAUGCUGGCAUCUCUCUGUCAGAGCUGGAGGCUUCAGUAGCAUCUCCAUUCACCUCCAGGACCCCCAAUAUCUCCUGUGUCCCUAGCCUCAUCAGAGAGGGGCGAGCCGCUCUCAUCACCUCCUUCUGUGUGUUCAAGUUCAUGGCCCUCUACAGCAUCAUCCAAUACAUCAGUGUCACUCUUCUCUACUCUAUCCUCAGUAAUCUUGGAGACUUCCAGUUCCUCUUUAUCGACAUUGCCAUCAUCCUCCUUGUUGUCUUUACCAUGAGUCUGAACCCAGCACGGAAAGAGCUGGUGUCUCGUCGUCCCCCUACAGGUCUGAUCUCUGGACCUCUGCUGUUCUCUGUGCUGACCCAGAUCCUCAUCUGCUUGGGCUUCCAGACCAUUACAUUCCUUUGGGUCCAAAAGCAGCCGUGGUACACAGUCUGGACACCGCUUUCUGAUGCCUGCAACAUGUCAUCACAUAUUAAUGUGCCUGACCACAACGACACAGAAGUGGACGAACACAACAUCCAAAACUACGAGAACACGAGCCUCUUCUAUGUGUCGUCCUUCCAGUACCUCAUAGUCGCUAUUGUUUUUUCAAAGGGCAAGCCUUUCAGACAGCCCAGCUACAAGAAUUGGCCUUUCGUGGCAUCUGUCCUGUGUUUGUAUUUUUUCCUGCUGUUCAUCAUGUUCCACCCUGUCGAAAGCAUUGACGAGUUUCUCGAGAUUGUUUGUGUCCCUUUUAAAUGGAGAGUAAAACUGUUCCUCAUCAUCUUAGUCAAUGCUGGUGUGUCUGUUGUGGUGGAGACCUUCAUCCUUGACAUCGUCUUAUGGAAGCUUGUGUUCAGCCGAGACAAACAGAGCAGCUUUGGCGUUCCUCCUGCUGCCCCGACACCACAGAGGGCCAUUGACUUGCAGACAUACAAGUGUCAGUCCUGGCUGUGCUGCUCACACCAGAUGCCGAAGGCCCGCUACAUGCAUUUGGCCAAGGAGCUCAGUGUGGACCCCGACUGGCCUCCAAAGCCAACCACCACCACUGAAGCCAAACCCUGUCAGAAAACUGCUCCAUCUAUCAAAUUCUGACCAAUUCCUAUUACCCCCACAGCCCUUCCCAAUAUCUAAUGCCAGUACCGCAUUCAUACAGAAAUGCAUAUGUCUGUUCACAUAAAACUAUAAUAGUUGCUUGUUGCUGUUCACAAUGAGAUUUGUCUAAUACUGUAGUUCCAAAAAUAUUACAGCCAAAAGUACAGGAUUAUACAUAAGUAUCAAGUAAAGCCAAGUUUCACCUCUCUCAGUAA